GAUUUGCCGACAAAUGGUAAAGUAUUGCGAGUUAUUUGGAUCAUGUUGAGGAUUCUUAUGAUUUUGAUGGCGCUUUAUUUCUUCAUAUGUUCCUUAGAUGUACUUCAGGAUGCCUUCCAAAUGCUUAGUGGAAGAUCAGCCAGUCAGCUAUUCCAAAACAGCAUCCUGGUAAACAACCCCGUGUCAGCAGCCAUGAUUGGAGUUUUUGUGACUGUCCUGGUUCAAAGUUCAUCUACCUCAACUUCCAUCAUCGUCUCAAUGGUGGCCUCCAACAUACUGACCGUCGAACAGUCCAUCCCCAUAAUCAUGGGGGCCAACAUCGGGACGACCGUAACGAACACCCUUGUAGCCCUGACUCAAUCGCCUGAUAGGGAUGUGUUUAGGAGGUCGUUUGCCGGAGCUACGGUGCACGAUGCAUUCAACUGGCUGACUGUCAUUGUCCUCCUACCUCUGGAGUGUGCCUCGCACUAUCUCCUCAAGCUAACCGAAGUCAUGACAUCCAGUAUAGCCCCCAUUGACAAUGCCAACAGCGGCCCAAAGUUUCUCAAAGUUAUCACCGACCCUCUCACGAAGCUCGUCAUUCAGGUGGAUAAAAAGGUUAUAACAGCCAUCGCUGAGAAAUCAGAUAGACAAAAAUUUCCUCUGGCCAAGUAUUGGGAAAAAGAAGUGUUGGAGCACAAAAAGCUGAACUUGUCGAUUGACCUCAACAGUAACAUGAGUUCCCUCAAUUUUACGAGAGUUCUGGAAAAUAACUCAACGAAAGGUAAAUCUUUCACUGAAAAAAUUGUCCACAAAUUAAAUUCAAAGCACAUAUUCGUCGGGUCUGGUUUAGAGGGCUACAUUAGCGAAGUGGUCUCUGGUGUCAUCCUUCUCAUCGCCUCGCUGCUCGCUAUGACGUUUUGUCUCGUUUUGUUAGUUAAGGUUUUGAAUUCGCUCUUCAAAGGUCCAAUGACAGGCGUGAUCAGACGCUCGUUGAACGCAGACCUGCCAGGCAAGUGCUCCUACUUCACGGGCUACAUCGUCAUGAUCGUCGGUAUGCUUAUCACUAUUCUCUUCCAAAGCAGUUCCGUUUUCACAUCCGCUCUGACCCCGCUUGUAGGAAUGGGUCUCAUUACCGUCGAACGAGUAUAUCCACUUACUCUCGGUUCGAAUAUCGGAACUACGGUUACCGCCAUGCUGGCUGCAUUCACUGCAGAUUCUGAAAGAUUACGCUACACUGUUCAGAUAGCUCUGUGCCAUCUCUUCUUCAACAUCAGUGGAAUCAUUUUAUACUUUCCGAUUCCAUUCAUGAGGGUACCAAUUCCGAUAGCUAAAGAACUCGGCAACAUAACGGCCAAGUACCGCUGGUUUGCAUUGCUCUAUUUGUUCGGGAUGUUCGGCAUCCUCCCAUUAUUCGUAUUUGGAUUAUCGCUAGCUGGCCCUCAAGUCUUUAUGGGAAUUGGCAUACCGUUACUAAUCCUACUGGCUUUCAUCAUCGUCGUUAACGUUUUGCAGAGAAAGAAACCCAACUGGCUGCCAAAAUUUUUAAGAACGUGGAACUUUUUACCGAAACCUCUUCGAUCCUUAGAACCUUACGACAGAAUCUUCAGCAAGUGCAAAUGCUGCGACAAACUAUCGAGCAAAUCAGGUCAGCCACAAAAAACCGUCGCCGAGAAUGAAGUCAUCAUUGAUGACGAAAGCGUCGUGGAAGUUACCAAAGAUAAUAAAAAAGUUAUUGACGAAGAAAUGAAUGGCGACAUACAGAAUUGUUAUUGCAACGAUGUUGUUGCUGUUAAAACGAAACGCAAGCUAUCGCUGAGUAAGGAAGACAACGAAGGAAUGAUCAACAAGGCGUUUAUCACAAUUUCCAAUGAUAAUCUCGUCAGUGGCGAUGAUGCUUGCUAUCAGACGGUGUUAUAACCUUUCUGUCUAGUUUCAUACGGAUAGAAUUUUAGAUUUUUUUUUUUUGUUUUAAAAAAUUUUGUACAGUAAGACUUUUUGCAUUUUUUAUUGUCGACAAUUUAAUGAAAAAUAACGCAAUUUUUAGAAACUUUGAUUAGUGAAAUAUUUAUUAAUCUAUAAACAGUUUACUAAAAAAUAAUCAUACUUAUGAAUAUUUUGCCGAAAAUAAUGAACGCUAAUGAUGAAGUUUCUCUCAUAAUCAUGUCCGCAACGACCGAACAAUGUGAUUCAACUUUUCUUCACUUAAAAGUUUUCAAUUUUUGCCCAUUUCACAGCUACAGACGUGAACGUUUUGCUGGAGUUAUAUGUUUAAUUAUUCAUUCGUCGUUGUGCAUUUAUAUUAUUAUUCAUUUCACUUGCAAUAAAGCUGCAUUUCUACAAUUUAAA